AUGGUGAAGCUGAAUCAAAUGGAGGUUCACCUUGCGUGUCUCCCAGGUCUAGUGAAAGACGUAAAAGAUAUAAAAUUGGAGCUGGCUGAGGUAAAAAAUUCUUGCGAAUCAAAUAGUGCUAAUUUGACUAAAUGCACUUUGCGUUUAGACGAAGUUGAGAAGAAAAUACCCGAUCUCGAAGCAAAUAAUGUCAAAAUUAAUUCACUUAGCCAACAGUUAGCUCAGCUUAAGAGUGAGAUCACAAAUCGUGACCAAUGGUACCGUCUAAACAAUUUAGAAGUUAAAGGUGUCCCACUCAAGAAUAAUGAGAACCUCUUCACCAUCAUGAAACACAUCGGCGAGAUAGUUGGGUUCCCGAUACAAUCCAACAGUAUUAAUUACAUAUCCCGGAUUCCUGUUCACAAUUCUAAAGAAAAAUCCAUCAUCGUUAGUUUCGUUAAUCGAUAUAUUAAAGAGAACUUCAUUGCUUCGGCGAGACUGAGGAAGACUAUAUCAGCGGAAGAACUCGGAUUCAAGGAUUGUCAUAACAAGAUCUUUGUAAAUGAUCAUCUAACACCUGAUUAUAAAAUGCUGCUAACAAAAACGAAAACCGAAUUGAAAUCCAAGAACUAUAAAUAUGUGUGGGUGAAAUUUGCGAAGAUUCACGUACGCAAGGAUGACAACUCGAAAGUUCACGUCAUUAACAACGAAAGUGAUUUAAACAGAUUACUUUAA